UGCCUGGUGAGUAGAUGGUACAAGUUGUCGGAACUGAAUUUCAGGUUCACAAAUCGCAUUGCCUGCGUAAUCAAACACUCCCUUCUGUAAGCUGUGCCCCACUCAAUCCUCACCAUGCCAACACCGCAGGAACAGGAGCAGCCACUACUGCUCGACCCAGACCAGGAAACCGCUUAUGAGGAAGCAGAGAAGGUCCACAUCGUCGGAAUCGACUCCGACUCCGAAGCCGACGGCGCGAGGCCGUUCUCUUGGAGGAAGCUAUGGCUCUUCACUGGGCCGGGUUUCCUCAUGAGUAUCGCGUUUUUGGACCCUGGAAAUCUGGAGGGGGACCUUCAGGCGGGAGCGAUUGCUGGAUACUCGCUGCUAUGGCUGCUAUUACUGGCAACGGCCAUGGGACUCCUCGUGCAGCUCCUCGCGGCUCGGCUCGGCGUGGCUACUGGACGACACUUGGCCGAGCUUUGUAGGGAGGAGUACCCCACGUGGGCCGGGAUGGUGCUGUGGGUCAUGGCGGAGGUGGCUCUGAUCGGGGCUGAUAUACAGGAGGUUAUUGGAAGUGCGAUUGCAAUCAGGAUUUUGAGUGAUGGGUUUAUUCCUCUCUGGGCUGGUGUUAUUAUUACUGCUUUGGAUUGUUUUAUCUUUCUGUUCCUUGAAAACUAUGGGGUGAGAAAAUUGGAAGCAGUUUUUGCUGUUCUGAUUGCAACAAUGGCACUGUCAUUUGCGUGGAUGUUUGGUGAUGCAAAGCCAAGUGCCAAAGACAUUCUUCUUGGUAUCGUGGUUCCGAAACUUAGUUCUAGAACAAUAAAGCAGGCUGUUGGAGUUGUGGGUUGCAUUAUCAUGCCCCAUAAUGUGUUUUUGCAUUCUGCUCUUGUACAAUCAAGGGAAAUUGAUCAUAGCAAGAAAUUCCGUGUUCAGGAGGCUCUCAAGUACUAUUCAAUAGAAUCUACGCUUGCCCUUUUAGUUUCUUUCAUAAUCAAUCUGUUUGUCACAACUGUGUUUGCCAAGGGUUUCUAUGGCACAGACCUGGCCGAUAAUAUUGGCCUCGAAAAUGCAGGGACCUAUCUCCAAGAGAAAUAUGGCAGUGGAAUUUUCCCAAUCUUGUAUAUCUGGGGUAUUGGAUUACUAGCGGCUGGACAAAGUAGUACAAUUACUGGAACAUAUGCAGGACAGUUUAUCAUGGGAGGUUUCCUGGACCUAAGAUUGAAAAAAUGGCUUAGGGCAUUGAUCACUCGAAGUUGUGCAAUUCUUCCAACUAUUGCGGUCGCACUUAUCUUUGAUUCUUCUGAAGGCACCCUAGAUGUUGUGAAUGAAUGGCUCAAUGUGCUUCAGUCAGUUCAGAUCCCUUUUGCACUUAUUCCCCUACUUUGUUUGGUUUCGAAAGAGCAAGUCAUGGGAACGUUCAAAAUUGGACCUUUUCUCAAGAUGGUUGCAUGGAUUGUUGCUAGCCUGGUGAUCGUUAUCAAUGGAUAUCUAUUACUGGAUUUUUUCUCCUCUGAAGUGAGUGGAACGAUUUUUACCACCAUCACGUUGGUUUUGACAGCCGCAUAUGUUGGAUUCAUAAUUUACCUUGUUUCCCGAGGUAUUACCUUCUCUACUUGGUGUGGUUUAAGAUCGUAGAAAUAGGCACGAGGAAUUGAAUACAUGGCUUUGUUGUAAAAUGUUCAGACCAUACAUACAUUCAUUUUCACUUCUAGCCUUAGGUACUACCUGUUUACAAAGUUGAAGUCAGCAGGUAACCUUAUUUCUUUUUAGUAUAAGCGACUGAUAGUCGUCGUUCGUCUACGACAGAGCCCUUGUUAUGUAUCAUGUUGUAUACUAAUUAUAUAUGGCAUAGAGUGGGCAGGGAGCAACAAAAGACUGUAAUUUUGCAUGCUGAUUUCAUUAGUAUAAUGCUGCAGCCAAACAAUGUAAUCACAGCUUCAGUUUGAAGCAGAAGCCAGAAGGUAUUGAUGUAGCUUUUGAAUGAUAUUUCAGCCAGAUGAACUCAUCUAUGCACCUUGGAA